CAGGAACGUAACAAGAGAGGACUCGAGGAAGACAUAGCCAUAACUCGCGUUGAGCAGGUAACUUAGAGUAUUUUUCCAAGUUACUAUGGGAUAGAGUGCUUUGAAAUUUUGCAAAGAACAAGUUCAUUUCUAUACCUAUAUACAGUAGAAAGCUGAUUUCAUAAACCUUUCUUCCUUCCAGCUUUCAUAACCAGUCUCCUCUAAUUACUAUGCUGGGGGCUGUUUCUGGAAAGUCCCGGUAACUUUUUAGGCCCGAAGACCUAUCGAAUGGUAUCACGGUUCCUCGCUCACAAACCGUUCCAUUUUGUUUUGUUAACUGAUGGUUUCAUUGUAUAAUUUUAAAAACUACUAAAAGGUUGAGUUUAAAUGUAAACACGGAAAUAUAAAACGGCUUUCCGGGCCUGAAAAGUUGCGGGAACGUUCGAGAAACAGGUCCCUGGAACCAAAACUGCAUUUCCUUCAGUUUCCCCUUACCCCCACGAUUUUGAGAACUUCCGGAUUCCACUGUAAGUUGUGUAUCUUUAGGUUUUUACCUACCACGAUGUCAAAGUCUUGGUUUAUUGUCGUGUGUCUUUUCUUCUCUCUUUUUGCCUGUUUAUGUGUUUGUCAUUCCCUAUUUUUAACACUGACCGCUGUUGUUUCUAUUGCAGAUAAGCCCUUUUCCCUUUGACUUGAUACACGCUGAGUACCAAAAGUACGAUAAUGCGGACAUUGUGUGGGCGCAGGAAGAGCCCAUGAACAUGGGAUACUGGACUUAUGUCAGUCCUCGACUUGUAACGGCUGUUGGAAACAAGCCUAAGAUCAGGUUUGUAAAAGUCGACUUUCUUGAACCCCCUCGACUUCUGGUUUCACUCUUAGGUUGUACAAUAGUGCAGUGUGAAAAGGGACUUUAAGAUGCCACGACGCUGACGACAACGAGAACGUCAAAAAAGCAAUUGGUUGAAUAAGCCAAACAACAACUUUUUUGUACAUUUCUUUGCUGUCACUGCACGACUACGACGGAAAAAUGUCUAAUUUCAGGUUUUAUGGAGGAUGUAAACAAGCGACGGCUAAAUUUUCUUUCUCUUUCUCAACUUGAAUGUGGUUGUUAGGAAUUCGGCUCAAAAAGAGUAGUGGGAGAAAUCGCGAUGAGAUUGAAAAAACGCAAAUUCACUUUUUAAGCGACGUUUUCGUGGCCUUCGCCGUCGUGGUAUCUUAAACUCCCUAAUAAGUAGAAUAGAAUACUGAAACCCAAUGAGACGAAAGUUAAUAUUCAGGAGUGAGGAUUGGGAUUUAGAGCGACAAACCUUCUCGGCCAACCGCUCCGGCACGAUGUGUGUGAACGACUUGUUCCAGUUCAAUGCCGUUACCGUUCAUACUAUAGCGGACGGCUUUCCGUGCCGGUACAAAGAGUCAUCCGGUAUUGUGUAAACUUAGCCUUAGAAAUACAAAUGCUUUAUUGCCCGGUUCGUGAAUCUGCACGAAAAAAUGAUCCCAUCAUAUAUCGACCUGUGAUUGGUCAAUGUAGUGGUCUGUAUUCCGCUGUAUGUCCAGUGCACUUGAAAGACGUGCAAAAUACUUUCUUUUUUUUGUAUUCAUUAAGACACAGAAAAAAUGCGCUAGAGAGGGAUGCCAUUUUGAAUUUCCUUCCCCUGGCUGAUUAAUAGGAGUUUUAUAAACUAAAUUAUCUGAACGAGCCGCUUUGAGUUCUUGUAAUUGCCACGCGCUUCCUUAAUUUUUUUACUCCCAUUUCCCACGUUUUCUCUUCAUUUUAUUUUUUACAGCUAUGCUGGUCGCCCGCCAUCGGCGUCAACUGCAACAGGGAACAAACAUCACCACAUCUCCGAACAGGAGGAUUUGAUCAACAAAGCUCUGGAAUAA